AUGGCGGAUAAUAGAGUCCAGAAAUUACUUUUUUCCGAAUACUGCGAUUUCGAAGAUAUGGUAUUGAUAGAAAGUCCGUUUGCGCAAACUACAAAAGACGGCGAAGGUAUCCGUCAAGUUCAUCUAGGCUUAACGCCGUCAAAACUCGUAUUAGCUACAGACGUUUUACCGCCGGUCGAAUAUGUCAAUUUCAAAUAUGCUCCAGGAGUCGAUCCUGAAAUCGAAACUUUCGAAUUAGUAGCAAUUUAUCCAGUGGAAUGCGUUAACCUCAGUAUAUAUAAGACUAAGAAAAAUCAAGCUUUGAAGGCGAGAUUUUGCAAUAAUAGGGUGCUUUAUUUUGAGCUUGGUGGUUUUGAACAUCGUGCCAUGUUUUGGAAUCUUUGGUGUGAAAGAAUCAAAUUUCUUUGUCCGGAUAAUUCCGGGUCGUCGCGUUCUGAAACUUCGGUUGGUACUUCUACUACUGGUAGUACUUUAUAUCUUGUUGAUAAAAAACUCGUAGCCGUCAACGGAUACAAACAACUCUGGUGUACGUUUGGGAUGACUCCCAGUUUAGUAGAAAAUAUCAGUAAUAAAAUGAAUUAUAAAAAUGGUUGGAUGGAUAGGAAUAUAUAUUUGGGAAAGUAUUUCGAGAAUUACAAUUAUGCUCCAAUAGUACAAAGUCCUACCAUAGAAGAAUUUGUAAAAACCCCGAAAUCCUCAAAAUUAGGUUUAGCAACUAAACAAUCUGAUGUUAUCAGUUACAUGGAUGCAAAUGAAUUAAAAAUUGGAGAUUGCGUUCAGAUCAAUCGUUUUGGAAAUGGUAUAGACGAAGGAUGCAACAUAAGACUUUUCCUUACCGCCGACGAUUACGUCCCACCACAACGAUUUAGCCUCAUAGAUAAAUCGUCCUUACCUAGUAUCUCAGCUAUUUUAAACUACGAACAUUUAGCAGAAACAGCCGUUUUGGCUUGGGAAUUUUUUCGAGUAUCAGAUCCGCAAAAAUACAAAAUUAAACACAGAAGACGAUACGGUUUGACACCGGAAUCAAAUUUCCAUUUCGGUUUGGGACCUUUAAAUAUAUCUAAAGGUGAUAAAUAUUCCGUUCAAGUGAAGAAAGUGGUUUCGUCGGUAUGUUUGUUAUCGAAAGAACGUACUUGUGUUAAAAAACAUUUAACCGCUUCCAUAUCUCAACAAUUCGUAUCUCUUAAUAAAAGAAAAGGAUGUAAUUUUAUCACAAACAACGAAAAAACACCGAUUACUCUAUUUUGGACGCCCUGUUAUAAAUAUAGACCGCAAUCGGCCAAGUUGAUAUAUCGAGGGAUACUCAAAGAUCUAAAAUCGAUCAAGGAUUAUCACGAAUCGAUUAAAUACAAAAAAAAGAAAAACUACAAUUUCUUUCGAAGAUUCUAUCAAAAUAAGCAAAAAAUAAAUUCUGACGAAGAAUCUGAAGAGGAAUAUUUCAAAACGAAACGUAGAAAGAAACAUGGUUUUAUACAUACGAUUUUUCCUAAUAGCGUCGAUGUUUCCGACGUACUCGAUAUAAAGAAAAACGAAACUCCAUUACAAUGUUUGAAACGUCAAUUGGAGUUAGAUAAAUAUCUAUCAAUAUGGGAUUUUGAUUCGACGGCGCUAGCACAACAUUUAACGAUGAUUGAUAAAGAUUUAUUUUUGAAAAUAUCCUCUAUGGAAUUAGAUACUAUAUUAUGGCAACAAUCUUCUACCAACACCCCUAAUAUUAACGCCCUUAUCAUAUUUUCCGAAAGGAUAAGAAACCUUUUCGCUUUCGAAAUACUUAAAAACGACAAUAAUAAAGAUAGAGCUAGAUUAAUAGCUAGACUUGUCAACGUAGCAGAUAAAUGUCAUAAAAUAUCCAAUUACCAAUCGUGUAGAACCGUUCUAGCUUCAUUACAAUCCCCAGCAGUUUACAGAUUAAAAGAUACCUGGGCUUAUGUUAGAAAGAAACACGGUAGUAAAUACCAAACCUUUGAAUUCUUAUGUAGAUUUUAUAGAGACCCCAGAUUGGCGACAUACCAAAAAACCUUUUACAUGGUAGCGCAAAAUCCGCCGUUUCUACCUUACAUAGGCGAUGUCUUGGGCAAACUUUUAGGAAAGAUUCCCGAUUACCCACCACCGUUUAAUCUUUCGCUUUCAAGAACUCCGAGUUGUUAUACUACGACAGAAUCUCGUAUUAGUGAAAACGUAACGAACGUAUCCAAAUGUCCUCCUCUUAUUAAUAAACUUUUGAAAUUGUUUACUCUAUCAGAUGCCAACGACGCUACGGUUAAAACGAAAAAAGUUAGAAAACGGUAUCCGACUAAACGGAAGAAAAUCAAAUUUAAAGGUUUGUACGAAUAUUACAAACCUUUAGAUUGUUAUGAAGAUUGCAGGGAAAUUAAUUUAGAAAUAACUAGAGAAUUUUUGGAAAAGUCUCAAUUAGGUGCGAUGUGUUAUAAUUUCAGGACGGAUGAUUUGGUGAAUUGCUAUUUACUUAAAGCGCGAUAUCAAGACGAACAACAAAAUUUUAAUUUAUCUUUAAGUAUAGAAUCGCCACGUAAUUAUUAUGAACCAAACUUUAAUAAACUAUAA